AUGGCUUCCUCUCGCGAUUUGACCGCACUGCCUCAGUGUGAAUCAUCCAAAAAUAUUGGUGUCACUAAUGUUAGCCAAGUCGACCUUGAUGCUGCUUCCGCGUCAAAGAAACGACAGAGUCUCUCGGACCUGUUCACUAUCGUGAGCGCACCCACCCUUUCACCUUCGAGUACCUUGGCUGACCACAAAACACCAAUAGUUCGCCAGUGGUUUUGCUCUGAUCAGCGAUGGAUAUCAAAACAAUUUAAUGUCAGGACCAUGACCAAUGUCCUCCUCAAGAAGGAAUACCCCAAGGAGUACACCACGACCGUGAGCACACGCGUUUCCAACGCUCUGCUCGUAGGCGAGGUCAUUGGGCAGGUGGUCAUUGGAUUGACAUGCGAUUACCUGGGUCGUAAGACCGCCAUCGUAUUUACGACCCUCAUGAUUGUCAUCGGAGGAAUCCUCGCGACAGCCUCUCAUGGCGUCACGAUCAAUGGCAUGUUCUGGAUGAUGACGGUCGCGCGUGGUGUUGUCGGAUUCGGUGCCGGCGGCGAGUAUCCUGCCUCUUCGACUUCUGCUUCAGAAGCUGCCAAUGAUCUAGUUCCCAAGCACCGCGGCCCGGCAUUCAUCAUGGUGACUAACUUCCCUCUCUCAUUCGGUGGACCCUUCGCAGUAUCGAUCUUCCUGAUCGUGCUUAUGGCGUGCCAUCAAUCCCACUACAGCACCGUGUGGCGUGUUUGCUUUGGGAUAGGAUGCAUCUGGCCGCUGACGGUGUUUUACUUCCGGAUCCGCAUGCUGAAUUCGGUGCUUUACCGGCGCGGAGCUAUCAAACGACGUGUACCUUACAUGCUUGUACUACGGUACUACUGGCGAUCGCUGAUAGGUACAUGUGGAGCAUGGUUCCUAUAUGACUUCGUGACCUUCCCCAACGGUGUUUUCUCAGGAACCAUCAUCUCCUCUGUUGUGCACAACGGUACGAUCCGAUCAACAGGCGAAUGGCAACUCCUACUAGGAGCCAUCGCACUUCCAGGAGUCUUUCUCGGGGCCAUACUCUGUGACCGGGUUGGCCGCAAGCCUAUCAUGAUGAUUGGAUUCAGCGGGUAUCUCAUCUUCGGGCUGAUAAUCGGCUGUGCAUACGAGCAGAUCACGAAGAUAGUCCCACUUUUCAUUGUAUUCUACGGGCUGAUGCAGAGCUCCGGUAAUUUUGGGCCUGGGAACAUGCUCGGACUGCUUUCUUCAGAGUCGUAUGCUACCGGUGUGCGCGGGACUUGCUACGGUCUUUCGGCGGCGGUUGGGAAGGCUGGCGCUGCCAUUGGUACACAGGCGUUCCAACCCAUUAAGAACAACCUGGGUAACAGGUGGACCUUCAUCAUCGCCGCUAUUUGCGGUGUGGUUGGGAUCCUUGUGACGUGGGUGUUCGUGCCAGAUCUGUCGGGCGAGGAUUUGAGACAUCGGGAUGAGAAUUUCCGUGCUUACCUGGUCUCUAAGGGUUGGGACGGUACUAUGGGUGAGGAUGAUUUGCAGGCUUUUGCCGAUCAAGGAAUUGGAUCUGGCAUUGACGGGGCGAAGACCGAGGCCUCGUGA